CUUCCUGCCCGGCCUGGGUCAUGUUUGGCGUUAAUUUUAAAAGGCAGAUGGAGGACAGGGCUCAGCACACACCUCUGGUCUCAGCCCGAGAGCCGGCUCGUCCUCUGACACUCAGGCUGCGCCGCUGACAGGAGAGAGGACGCAGAGAGGAGAUUUCAGUCACAAUGGCCGAGCGCUACGACUGUAUAGAGUGUCAGGAGUCCUUGUACGGGCAAAAGUACAUCCUGAAGGAGGACAACCCGUACUGCGUCAAGUGCUACGAGGCUCUUUUCUCCAGCAACUGUGAAGCGUGCCAGAAGAUCAUCGGCUGCACCAGCAAGGAUCUGUCGUACAAGGACCGCCACUGGCACAGCGACUGCUUCCUGUGCAUCAAGUGCAGCCGAUCUCUGGUGAAUCGGCCUUUUGCCACCAAGGAUGAGAUGCCGAUGUGCAUCGAGUGCUACAGCAACGAGUACUCUUCAAAGUGCCAUGCAUGCCUGAAGACUAUCAUGCCAGGCUCCAAAAAGAUGGAGCAUAAGGGCAACAGUUGGCAUGAGAAUUGCUUCACCUGCAACCGUUGCCAGCAGCCCAUGGGCACCAAGAGCUUCAUCCAGAAGGAAGCCAACAACUACUGCCUGCCCUGCUACGAGAAGCAGUUUGCCAUGCAGUGCGUCCACUGCAAGAAGCCCAUCACCACUGGAGGAGUGAACUACCGCGACCAGCCCUGGCACAAGGAGUGCUUCGUCUGCAUCGGCUGCAAGCAGCAGCUGGCCGGUCAGCGGUUCACCUCUCGGGACGACUUCGCCUACUGCCUGAACUGCUUCUGCAACCUGUUUGCUAAGAAAUGUGCUUACUGCACCACCCCCAUCAGCGGUCUCGGUGGCAGCAAGUACAUCUCGUUCGAGCAGCGGCAGUGGCACAACGACUGCUUCAACUGCAAACGCUGCUGCGUGUCUCUGGUGGGUCGAGGCUUCCUGACGUGCAAAGACGACAUCCUCUGCCCCGACUGCGUCAAAGACUACUGAGCGACCUCCGAGGAGUCCGUCCGAGUUGGCGGCCAGUCAGAGAGCGCUGGCGGGAUCCUGCUAACCUUUCAUUUAUCAGCGUCUCACACAUUAAUCGGCUCCCACUGCUGUGGUGUUUCUGCAUGCGCUGAUGAUACUGUGUUUUAUGAAAAUGAGUUCAUUCCAGGAUGCAGUUUGUUUCUGUUUUGCUGAAUGUAUUACUCCUCUGAGAAAAAAUGUGGAACGCAAAGACAGAAAUCCUACAAAAAUCUAAUAAGUAAAUCUAAUUUGUGGAGUGAAACUAUCUGUGUGUGGCAUCACAAUAACUGUGUUUGACUUAUUAGAGCAUAUUAAUAGCAUGUUGUUUUCAUGAGCGGCACUUUGAUGGCAAUUAUUCUUAACAGAGUUAAUAUAAUAUUACUAAUGCUGUUUAUUCUAAUUACAUGUUUGACAUUUGAUUCGGAUUAUAUGUGUUAAGCAUAAUAAAGA